AUGGCGGCCGGCGGAAGAGGAAACCGGGACGCCGGCGGCGGCAGCAACGCCACGCCCAUGCACGUGCUCAUGCUCCCGUGGCUCGCCUUCGGCCACAUCGUCCCGUUCGCGCAGCUGGCGCGGAGGCUGCUGGCCUCCUCCUCCUCGGUCCGCGUCACGUUCCUCACGGUCGCUGGGAACGUCCCGCGCGUCGAGGCCAUGCUGUCCUCGGCCUCCUCCGCCGGUGGGGUGGUCGUCGUGCCGCUGAAACUGCCCCGCGUGCCGGGGCUUCCCGAGGGCGCCGCCAGCACGGCGAACCUCUCGCCCGACGGUGCCGAGCUGCUCAAGGUCGCGCUGGACGCCGCCCGGCCCCAGGUGGCCGCGCUGCUGGCCGAGCUCCGCCCGGACGCUGUGCUGCUCGACUUCGUCACCCCGUGGGCCUCCCACGACGCCGCGGCGCUGGGCAUCAAGUCGUUCCACUUCAGCGUCUUCUCCGCCGUCGCGGGUGCAUACCUCGCCCUCCCCGCACGCCGCCCCGACGUGGCCGGAGCGGGGGCGCUGCCGUCGGCGCGCCACCUCAUGUCCGCCCCCGCUGGCUUUCCCGCCUCCUCCCCGCUCGCCGCCACCGGCGUUCCGGCAUACCAGGCCGCCGAAUUCACCUACAUGUUCACCAGCUUCGGCGGCCAGCCCUGCGUCUACGACCGCGUGGUGGCCGGCAUCCGGGCCUGCGACGGCAUCGUGGUCAAGACCUGCGCCGAGAUGGAGGGGGAGCUGGACGAGCGCUGGGCCACCUGGCUGUCCGCGUUCCCAGACGGCGCCGUCGUGUUCGCGUCGUUCGGCAGCGAGACGUUCCUGCCGCCCGCCGCGACGACGGAGCUCCUCCUGGGCCUCGAGGCCACCGGCCGCCCGUUCCUCGCCGUGUUCAACUCCCCGGACGGAGAAGCGGUCGUCCCGCCGCUGGGGUUCGCGGAGAGGGUGGCAGGUAGGGGCGUGCUGUGCUCCGGCUGGGUGCAGCAGCAGCACAUCCUGCGCCACCGGAGCGUGGGGUGCUACGUCACCCACGCCGGCUUCAGCUCUGUCGUGGAGGGGCUCGUCGCCGGCUGCCGCCUCGUGCUGCUGCCCAUGAAGGGCGACCAGUACCUCAACGCGGCGCUGUUCGCGCGCGAGCUCCGCGUGGGCGUCGAGGUGGCGCGACGCGACGAGGACGGCUGGUUCGGGCGCCAGGACGUGUGCAACGCGGUCGCCGCGGCGGUGGCGGACGGAGGGGAAGGGGACGCAAGGAAGUGGGCCGACUUCUUCACGGACGACGGCGUGCAGGGAAGGUUCGCCGACGAGUUCGUCCGGCAGCUCACGGAGCUCGUCAGUGCGGCCUCGAGUUGA